GGGCCGUGGCGGGCGCUGCGCGGUUCUGCCGCGCGUCACAGAGCGGCCGGGCGCUGAGGGGGCGGGCGGGAACAGAGCGCCGCUGUGUGAGCGCCGCGACGGGUCCAGGUGCCGCCUCAGGGGCUGAGCGAGGCCUCGAGGUUCGCCGGAGCUUGGAGUGCGCGCGGUGCCGUCGCACUGACGAUGCCUGUCUUUCUCUUUCUCUCUCUCUCUCUCUUUUUCUCUCUCUCUUUUUUUUUUUUUUCUCUGAACAAAUAGUUCCUACCGCGCUGGAAUCAUUUACGAGCUCCCCGCUAAUAACUCUGAUGCGAUCCUCUGUGUGUGACGGAGCCGGGCGCUGUGCGGGGCUGCCCUUCCUCCUCACCCCCAGCCUCGUGCGUUGUUUUCCUCACAGAGCAUCGCCCCGGCUUUUAUCCUAUCGAGUAACUUGGAAGUCUGUUGGGUGCUGCUGCCGCUGCUGCCAGUUUUUCUUUUUGAUUCUUUUUUAUUAUUAUUAUUUUUGUGACUGUAGGAGUUUAGUUGGGAAGUCAUAGUGGUGUUAAUAGAUCGGUGAAACUUUCUCUUCUCUGAAGGAAAAGCAAAAAAAAAUCAUUGCGAAAUUAGAACGCAAAUCUUUACCUAUGCGGUCAUCUUAAAAGUCAGCUCUGUUUCAUUCUGUUGCUCCUCAACCGCAGGUUUCAGCUAGAACCUCUCUGAUAGCCCGGGUGUGGAUGGAGAGCAUGAAACAGUCCUGUUAUUCGCAUAGAAAUUCCCAAAAGACACUGAGAGAAAGGAGCAGCAGGAUAUGGGAUAGCCCUGCCUCAGCGCAGUGCAAUUCUAGGUUUGAAUUGUUGCCUUCUUGAACGCUGAGCUGUGUUUGAAAUCGUGCAGUCCCACCCAAAUGAGGUAUUAGGCAGCCUUUAGCGUGGCUGCAAGCUUACAGAGUGACUUCUGAAGUAUUCCGGCACAGCAUUGCAUUCAGUGCGAUGCUCAGGGACAGCCCUGCUCACCACAGGGUGUUGAUGCAGCUGGCAUUGCCACGCCAGGCCAUAUGGGGGAAAACACAGCUCAGUUCUCGUUCAUAAGUUAUAGUUCUGUGGGUUUUUCCCCCUUCCCCAGAACCUUUGAUCUUGAAGAUGGUGAGUAGCCAGCCUAAGUACGAUCUAAUACGGGAGGUUGGUCGUGGCAGUUAUGGUGUGGUGUACGAAGCAGUCGUCAGGAAGACCUCUGCACGGGUGGCAGUGAAAAAGAUUCGGUGCCAUGCUCCAGAGAACGUGGAACUAGCUCUGCGUGAGUUCUGGGCACUUAGCAGUAUCAAGAGCCAGCAUCCCAACGUCAUUCACCUGGAGGAGUGCAUCUUGCAGAAAGAUGGCAUGGUGCAGAAGAUGUCACAUGGCUCCAGUUCCUCCCUUUAUUUACAGCUUGUAGAGACCUCAUUAAAAGGAGAAAUAGUCUUUGAUCCCAGAAGCGCUUAUUACCUUUGGUUUGUAAUGGAUUUCUGUGAUGGAGGAGAUAUGAAUGAGUAUCUGUUGUCUCGAAAACCUAACCGCAAGACCAACACCAGUUUCAUGCUUCAGCUCAGCAGUGCGCUGGCUUUCCUGCACAAAAAUCAGAUUAUUCAUCGUGAUCUCAAACCUGACAAUAUUCUGAUAUCGCAGAGCAGGAUGGAUGCCAGUGACUUGGAGCCCACGCUGAAAGUAGCUGACUUUGGGCUGAGUAAGGUAUGUUCAGCUUCAGGACAGAAUCCCGAGGAACCAGUCAACGUAAAUAAGUGUUUCCUAUCGACUGCGUGUGGGACUGACUUCUAUAUGGCCCCCGAAGUCUGGGAAGGACACUACACUGCCAAAGCAGACAUUUUUGCACUGGGGAUCAUAAUCUGGGCAAUGCUAGAAAGAAUCACAUUCGUAGACACAGAGACAAAGAAGGAACUCCUGGGUAGUUACGUCAAGCAGGGCUCAGCAAUCGUGCCUGUUGGAGAGGCACUGCUAGAAAACCCUAAGAUGGAGCUGCUCAUCCCUGUAAAGAAAAAAUCCAUGAAUGCACAGAUGAAACAGUUGAUUAAGGAAAUGCUGGCUGCCAACCCGCAGGACCGUCCUGAUGCUUUUGAACUAGAGCUGCGAUUAGUCAACAUAGCUUUUAAAGACAGCAGCUGGGACACGUGAGCUGCGGAGCUGUCGUCUCUUGGAAGAGCUGCUCCUUGCCCAGCAGAUGGUGCAACUUAAUGGCAGUAAAGAAACGAGCCCGAUCUCAGACCUGCAGGGUGUAGUUUCUAUUGAUGGAAUUUUGUUUGAGUUCCAUACGUUAUAAGAAUGUUGGCAGUUGUGUUAGAGAUGCUUUGUGUUUGUUUCCAGGAUGUUAUGUGUUAAGUCUUAAGAUGUGACAAUGUUCGUUUGUGUGCGUUGGCAGUGGGACAUCCUAAGAGCUGAGACUUGAUUUCCAGCCAGAUCUCAGAGUAUUUAAUACAUUCCAGUUUCCUAUAUCAGUAUUAGGAUCUCUCCUGGAAGAAGAGAUUUGCAUGCUGGUAGUGCAAAUCUUCAGGUUUGUAAAGUUAAUUGUGUAUAUAUUUAUGCAUAUGAGUGACAGAGAGCGUAUGCCUGCAAGUGUGUUGCAUUCCAUGAGGAAAUGACACUUUUCCUAAAUUAUUUGCUGUGGGUCUGAAUGUUUGGGUUCUGCUAGAAAACUGGGUGAAUAAGAUGGAUGAGAAUCAUUCCUUCUUUGGUCCGGGAUAACUUUAUUAUUUAUUUUUAUCUAUUGUUGAAGGUAGGGUCUAAGACUUGACUUUGUGAGCAAAAAAUACGAUGCAAGUGUGUCAGCAGCUCUCAGAGUGCUGAGGUGGCUGAGCUUUGCACUCACAGCUCAAGGAGCUCAGCACUGAGGGAUUCCAAUGCCAAGUGUGUGCAGCUGGGUGCUAGCAUGUUGGUGAGGUCAUUAAUCAUUCAAUUUUGCUUUCUCCUACUAAUCAAAUACUUUAUUAAUCCACUAAUCUACAGUUCCACAACGUGCUCACUGCUCUCCUACCUGUAGUCCAGCAGCAAACAGAGUACUUAGAAUAGGAGAGUACUGUGAGCUUCCAUCACGAGAAUGUGAACGCCUGGUGAGGGAAUCCAGCAGCAUUGAAGCUCUGGAUUUAAGAGCACUCAGUUAUGGUUCCAGCACAGCUGGAUUGGAUGUCACUGGGCACAGACUUUUCCUUUUUGAUGCUGACUGUCACCUGGGAGCGAUGGGGAGGAAGAGGUGACUGUCACCUCUUGGACAUGGAACACAUGCAUUCUCUUGUGUGAAUAAGCAGUGCAGGCAGAAUAACUGCUUGUUCCUCCAGAAGCAAAGGAUUCUAACUCUAUCAGAAGUCAGUGGCUGUACAGGCUGCAGCAGCAGUUUUGAGCUGUAGCUCUGACCUGGUGCAGCACUGGUGGGGCAGCAGACCUGGGGUCAUUAGCCUUUAAUCCUUGUCACUUUGCAUCACUUUGUGUAAGGCAGCUCACCUGAACAGGGAUGCUCAGAUGAGCAUUGCUGCCUUGAAACAAAGCAAUGUUUAACGUUCAGAAGAUGUCAUGGAGGAACUCUCAGGUGAUCCAUCAGCUGAGUGCAGCAGAGCACCUCUGGGAGCAUCAGUUGGUGGGGAAGGAGGUGAGUGACAACGGGGUUGUGCUGCUGACCCUGCAGGGAGCUCAGGCUAUAAGGCAGGGCGUGGAACCUGUCUGUGGGUAGUGGAUGACAGGCAGAGAUGCACCUCUCGUGCUCUGGAAGUGGAGAUCUGCUCAUUCUCGUGUUUUAAUUGGGCUCAUUGCAAGUGAGGGCUCAGCUUGUUAUCAACAGGAGGAGAGCAAUCCUCUUGCUGUCUGCACCAGCACUUUUACGGUACUUCCAUCCCAGCACCAGUCAUCCAGUGAGGAUUUUGUGAAGUUUUAAGAGGAUGUAUCAUCUUCCAUGUUAAACCUGAGAGGUUUUGGAAACACAUUAGCUCCUUCCUCUCACCUGCCCACCCAAAAGACAGAAUCAACUAUGUUAAUCUUACAGCAUUAAACUACAGAACAACAGCACUUACCUUUAAGUCCUCUGCAAGUCCUCUGGUUCUCCUCAAGCACUUCAAAGGUUGAACACAGGGUGCUGCCGAGCUGCACCACAGAGUUGGGUGCUGAUGAAUGGCACAGAAAAAAUGUUUUUUGACUCCCACAGCACUUGUUUGCACUGAUUGCCACUUUAAAGGGUGGGGGAACCUGAAAUCCCUCUCAUGGUGCUUAGCUGGUGGGUGACACUGGGCAUGUCCUCGGUUCAUGAGGAGUGGUAGUUCUUGAGGUGUGUGUUCUGUUUGGUGGUGAGGUCUUUGUUUUAAAGCCUUAUGAUAAAUCAAACUUGUAGCAGCUACAGAAUUGUUCACCAGCACGACACAAAGUCAAGAUACUCUUCAGCACUCGUCAAAGGUUUUUCAAAAUCUUCCUUUAAAAAUUGUAAAAUAUAUUUUAUGCAGGAUUUAUAAUUGAGAGAUUGUGUAACUUAUUAAGUUCAUGCUUUUUUUUUUUUAAUAAAAACCUGAAUUUCAAUGAAGCUUUUGAACUCUACUGAGAAGUGCUUUCCUUUCCCUUCAGUUGGCACAGCCGUCUCGCUCUCAGCCAAGCUUCAGGAUGGUUUAUUUGCUUUGCUAGAAUAGCAGUAAGCUGUAGCAGUUCAUCACGGUCCCACACUGUAAGUGAUUUUAGCUCGUAAAAGGUGCUGGGUUGGCUGGCAGAGGCAGUGCAGAGCUUUCACUGGUAUGUAAUGCAGUGCUCUGACAGAGCAGGGCCGUGCUGGGUUUGAAAGUAGCUGGCUUUUGGAGCUGUGGCCUCGUGGAUCCCUCUGCUCCUGCUGAGCCUCUUAAGAAUCAAAGCACUGCUCCUCUGGGCGUGCUGCUUGGUUUUCAAAGAGGGAUUAAAGGCACAGCAGUAUUCUUACAUCCUGCAUGGGCUGGGAGCUGUUGCUACAAGCGGAGCAAGUACCAUCCUGGACUGUAUGGAAAUCUCUGGCAGGCUCUGUCUGCUGUUACUGGUCUUACUGGAUUUUUGGGGCUGUGAACCAGAUGCUGCUGCUUUCCAGGGCUCUGAUGUUCCUCCCUCUGCAGCCAGCCUUGCAGGGAGUCUCUGAGUGCUGGAAUGGGAAGAUUUCACAGAGAAGCCUCUGGUUGUUGCUGGUGGGUGAGCCCUGCUGCCCCCUCCUCUAACAAAUUGGGAUCCCCCAUGCAGAGGGCUGAGCACAGCCUGUUAAGCAUCCUCCUGCACGUUUCCCUCCAGUGUCUGAAUGCUGACACUGCUGAUCUAGCUGGCUUCUUUGGAGUUGCUGGACUGCUGCUGUGCUCCUGAGGCUGAACCAGAUGUAAAUGGUGCCCUGAAGGCUGGGGAGGUGAUGAUGACCUGCUGGUUUCACAUGCCCUGGGAAACCUUAGAAAUUAAGGUGAGGAAACACUAUUACUUAUACAUGGCACAAGAGUCUAAAGUCACUUGCAUGUUUUAAUUAAGAGUGCUCCAAAGCAAAGGAUUGUUGUGCAGUCUGGGAAUGGGAAUAGCCCAAACUGGGAACACUAUAAAUCACCUUGUGGUUUUAUUUGUUGUCCCACCAGCAAGCACAGACCCGGCUGUUCGUUGGUGUCAGUGCCCUUGCAUAGUUUGUUGCUUCCUGCACAUCCUGGUGCUGCAGAUAAGCAGAUCCCCACCUGGCUGACAGCUGUGUGCUUAGAUCUGUAUGUCAGUGCAGUCACUGCAGAAGAGAAAGGGGUUGAAACUGUGACUCUUUUCAGUCAGAGGAUAAUUAAGCACCUGAAUUAAAGGAGAAAGUUGCCUUUCUGUUUUAAGAGCAGUGAUUUUGAAUGCAGAUGAAAGCUGAAUUCUUCCAUAAAAUGAAGAAAACAAAACCUACACACAUGGAAAAAUGAUGUGCAGAAAUGGCCUGUGACAGGUAGGAUGUGUAAGGCUGCAUCCCAGCUCCAAUAACUUGAGCUCUGCUUUAUCUUCCUGGUUCUGCAGAGCACAGAGCCAGCACGUUGUCUGUCCUGUUUCCUCAGGCAAGGUUUGGCUGGGAGAUCCCUGCUCUGCAGUGCUGAGGUUGUGAAUUCCUCUUGUUCAUAUUUCUUGCUUUGUGCUCUUUUAAACAGAGCUUUCUUCAGAGCCACCCAAUCACAGCUGCUGCUCGAGCUGCGUUGUGAUGGCAGGUGUUGCUCUGUGCUUGUGUUUAGGUCCUGCCCCUUGGAAGGAUGCCUGCAUUUCAAAAUUACUGCUUUUUUUUCUCCCUCUCUUGUGCAAUGUCUCGCUGAGCAGACGUGCUCAGGUGCACUUUGCACUGUGGAUAGCACAAACAUGACUUUUACUCUCUGCCUUGCUGUACCCACAUCCUGUGAAUCCUUUAUGGUGUUGCUGUGCUUCCAGUCCUUACUGGGGCCUGUGCUGUAAAUCCAAGCAGCAGUGUCCCGAGAAGAGGUCGUUGAAGGGUUGCAGUGUAGUUAGCAGGGCAGCUUGGGCAGCGCUGUGUUUCGUUUCCUUUUUGGUCAGGGUCUGAGGAGCAGUCUAUGCAAAGUGCUGGCUAUUCUUACACACUGUUAGGGAAGAGGGACUCAUAUCAAAUGUCACAAACUGUCCGGAGUGCCUGCCUUACAUAUGGGGAGGGGCAGGAGGUGGAAGUACUGGAACAAACUGCUGCUUCUCUCUGAUCACUGGGUCUCAAAGUAUUUGAGGCAGUCUGAGAUGCUUUGCCUCUAUAAGCAGAGCAGGGGAAGAGUGGAGAAGCUGAGUGACCCAAAAGACCAGCCAGCAACCCGCUGCAUCACUGCAAGAGGAGCCAUGGCCCGGGUGAUUCUCUCCUUUAAGUCACUCUGUUCCCAGAUGAGUUUCCAGGUUCAUCUGGGUGCCUGAAGCACAAAGCAGUUGCAGAAGGGUUGUGGUUGGUGAGGAGCAGAUGGUGCUGCCCAGGGGUGUGCAGUGCCUGACCUGCAGGCUGAGCUGGCAGGUGGCAAACAGGAGCUGCAGGUGGUGAGUUGGACCUGCAUCUGCUGUGAGACUGGGCGAGGAAGAGGAGGAGGAAGGCUGCCUCCCUGCAGUGCCUCCCACACACAGCUUGCACCUCUGGAGCAUUUUAGCCAGGUAAAGUAUGCUGGGGUGGGAUGCUGGAGAUAUGGCUGACUUGCUUUGCAUUUUUUAAAGUGGGCAGAGGGAGGACCAGCGUUAGAAUUGCACUGUGGUGCACUGAGGCCUCUGUAGCCUCUGGGAUUUGAAAUGAAACCAUGCAACAUAACAGUGUUUGUGGGUCCCUUGUGGGAUGGGGCAGGUUCAUCACAACACACCCUGGGGAGGCCCUCCAUCACAGCACCACCUCCCACCUCUCCCAAUAGCUUUUUUACUUCCCAGACACAGGCUCCAGAAUUCAUCCAGGCCGACUGUUCCAAAGGUUCAUCCGUAGGGCACCAAGGUCUGUGUGAAUCUCAGUCUUUCUUCUGUGCCCAACUGCUCUCUGGUUUCUGCUUGCAAAAGCUUGUGGAUGGCUGCCUUAGAUUAGGUGUUGGUUUCAGAUUUAUUGAUGCCCAUUUGAGCCCUUGAUAUUUUUGAGCUAGUGUAGCAGAUCUUCCACUCCUGCUCGCUCCCCAGUAAAAGUCCACGCAUCUCGGGCCCCUGGCAUGCAGCUGUACUGCCCUGAGCUGCCAGCUCACUUCAGCUGCUCUCCUGUCCCUGGCAUUUAUGUGGCCUCAGACCAGGAAGGGCUUUUGUGGGUUGUGAAAAUAAGCCGACAAGUAGCAACAGAUGGUAACAUUGUCAGUUUUACAGUCAUGUCUGCACCUGGUCACCCCAUGUUGGUGAUUUUCAAAGGAGAAAUGCAUCUGGAAAGGUGACUGAGGGGCACGUUCCGUCCUGACCACUCUCCCACUGGCAGACUGAACUCCUGAGAAGUGAAAAUCAUUCAGCUCCACUUAUUUACCACUUAAUGCCACAGAUUGGGCUGUUACCCCUUCUGCUUUUCCUAAUAUCCUGGUGCACGUUGGGCUGUUGAGGCCUUUUCUGGGGAUCAGACCCUGCCCCCAGGAGUCUCUAGCCCACAGCUUUGCUUGGGGCAUGCAGGGGCGAUAGGUCAAUGUCCUAUGACUACACAAACAGCUUCUUCCCCCUUGCAGGAGUGGGCUGUGAGCUCUGCUAGCCAUGCCAAAUUCCCCCUCUGGAAGUCCUCCCUGCGGCAUCAAUUGGCCACAGCCUCAGCCUCCUCCUGGGGCUGCUCCUGCUGCUCCUCUGGGGUGGAUCAGAGCCGUGCAGGAAGGCAUGUGAUCUCCUUGACGAGGUGGGGCAUGCAAUUAUCUGUUGCCAGGAGAGAGGAGGUCAUGCUGGGAGCGAAGCUGUUUAAUCAGAGCUGGAUGUGAUCUGAAAAAUCACUUUGGAGGAGAGCAGUGCUCCCGGCUGUUUGACCUUUGAGGACUUCCUCAAAUUCUUCUCUGCCACCACGAGGGCUGGAAGCACCCCACGAACAGAUCCAAACCUGAAGCCCCCAUGUAACCACAGUCAGCGUUGGGGCUGUAAGAAAAACAGCCUUAAUUAAAUAACAGGAGUUUGAGCAUCUGUAUGGCUCUGGUGCAUUUGUUAGAGGCUGAUGGAUGGAGUAAACAGCUUAAGCUGAAGUGACAAAGCUUCACUGCCUCACCCAAGGAAGCAGGAGCUGCCCAGCAUCCCAGUGCCAGGACAGGCCCCUCAAACCAUCCCCUUUUGUAUCCCCAAAGGAGUUGGGGUCGGGAUUUUAACAGUUCAGCAGUCGGUAU